AUGAUGUGAGUUGUAACUUUUAUUGUUCAAGGCGGUUACUAACAAAAGUUUUUUUAAGAAAUUUUGCAUAAAUAUUUUUUUUGUAAGCAAUGCAGUUUUAAACCAAUUAUUGAUACCUAAUUUAGUGUUGCACAAAUUUUUCAAACCUCUUUUACAUUUUGCAACUUCUUUUAUAAAAAUCCGGAAAAUAUUUUUACAUAGUUUUUCUUCCAACAUGUUUUUGAAGAGAUUCACCGUUGAUAAUAUUAUAUUCAAAAGUGAUGCAAUUUUUGUGUUUUGUCUUUUUUUAGUUCAAGGCCUUCAUGGACCUUGAAGCUUCACUUUUUAAAAUCUUUUCUGGGAAUUCAGUUUUUUACUCGGGCAAAGCUUUUCGUGUGUUGAUGCAUGCUUCGGUAUUAUAAAAUAUUUUUUUAUAUUAAUAUCUUCAUGUAUUAUAUCAAAAUAUGUUUUAGGAUGACGGCUACGGUCCAGCCAGAAGAAGGAACCUUAGCACCUGGACUGGCAGACAUCAAAAGAGAUAAUUCGAGUCUAAGGUUGGAAAAUGAGCCAAAUAAAGAAAUAAGAGAAGGGAUUACUGUAGUUCAUAAAGAUGAAAUAUCUGAAGACGCGCCGUUAAUCAUCCUCACUGGCUGGGCUAAUGCUACUGACAAAAACCUUUCAAAGUAUUCAGAAUUUUACGUUGACCAAGGGUAGGUCAACGUUUUUCUGGUCUUUUGAUGUUUAGGUACAAAUAUAUAAGGUGUAUGUUAACUACGGUGUUAAUUUAAAAUCGAAAAAAUUAUAUUAUGUAAGCUCACAUAACUUUUUUAAGUAUUUAACUUUAUUAUUAUUGUGUUAACUUUAGGUAUAUGGUUGCAAGGUUCACGGUGCCAAUAAAAGAUGUUUAUCAUUUUGGUGGAUAUCAAAGGUACGCGUUGACCUUAUACGAGCAGUUGUUACAAAUGGAUAAGGUCGAGAACAGGAAUAUCUUCAUCCACAACUUCAGUAUGAAUGGUUGCUCAUUGUUUGCAAUGUUAUGGAGGCUGCUGGCUGAAGCUACAGAUGGUGACAAGAUAAAAGAGCGAGUGAAAGGCCUUAUUUUUGAUAGGUAAGUGGAUGUUUUUUUCUAUUAUAUUUUACUGUGAAUUUGAAGUUCUCCUGCCAAUGUGAUGCCGUGGCAUGUGGCGGAAGCGCUGUCGAUGGGUCAGAAGCCAUGGGGUCUGAAGAUGGCAGUGAAAGCGGCAACUACGUCGUUUCUGUCAGUUCAUCGAUUUUGUUGUUAUGCCACUUCGUUGGUGAAGGCAAAUGUUUACGAAACACAAUUUGCGUAUUUCAUGUUAACAUCCUUUGCUGACUUUCCCAAGAAUCAGCUGUACUUCUAUUCGGAAAACGAUCCGAUUUGUUUGGCUUCGUCAAUACGAGAGUUUCAAGCAAUUCAGAAGAGCCGAGGAGUUAACGUGAAAGAGCUAACCUGGGGUAACUCUGGUCAUUGUAGUCAUUUGAGAGAUGAUAGGGACCCUUAUGUGGAUCGGUGUCUUUCAUUUGUCCGGUCUUGUCUUAAACAGUGA